AUGUCGAAAGUGAACAAGGAAGGCGCUCAGCAGACAUCGCUGCUCGAUGUCCUUAAAAAGAAAAUGCGACAGGCCCGCGAAGAGGCUGAAGCGGCCAAGGACGAGGCUGAUGAGGUACAGCGACAGCUUGAAGAGGAAAGGAAGAAACGCGAAGAUCAAACUCCAAUUUCCUCCUUCCUUUAUCAAAAAAGCUUCUCACUUGCCUGA